AUGAAAAAUGUGUACGCAGAUGCAAUAAAAACUCCAAUUAAUUUCGUGACAGGUUUGACGCCCACAACGUUUGAAGAAGUUUAUCAUCAAUUCGCACUCGUGGCAAUUCAACGGUUGUCUUCAACAGAAACUCGUGUUCAUACACGAAUUAUUGAUCGAAAUCUUUUAUUCUUACUUGUGCACUGGCUCAGGUGUUAUCCGACUUACCCUCAACUAAGCCUACUAUUUGGUGUGAGACCAAAACAAAUCAGUCGACACAUUCGUCGGUUUUUACCAGAUUUAGCAGAAAGUCUUAAAGCAGAAAUACGAUGGCCGUCAUUGACUAAAUUCGAUCAACAACUCUCCAGACAUCCAGCAAUUGGACGCUUUGUUGAAUCAAUCGAUGGCACGCGUCAGCGUAUUCAAAGACCAGGUAAACGUCAACGCAUCUAUUAUAGUGGCAAGACCAAAUACCACUGUCUUGCAAGUAUUUAUGUAAUUAGCAACGAUCGAAAAUUAAUUUUAUUUGAAAGUGGAUUUUUUGGUUCUUACCAUGAUUCAAGAAUAUUUAACAGUCUACAAGUUGGUCUUAAUAAUUCAAUACCACCAAACAUGUUCAUCUUAGGCGAUCGGGGCUUUGCCAAUAAACCACCGAUAAUUAUACCUUUUCGAAAAAAUGGAUUACCUCAUGCCGGCAUCACCGAAUUUCAACGUUUUUUAUAUAAUAAAACAUGUUACACAUGA